CCCCUGUUCUUCUAUUUGUUGCUAUCCUCAUUCCUCACAUACACCUGCCGGCCUGUACCAAUUGUCCGGGAAAUUUGCCGUUGACGGCGAAGGAAGAUGAAGUUCUGGAAGAGCCUGAGCAAUUUGAUUGAAGAGACGCUGCCUGCUUGGCGAGACAAGUUCUUGUCGUACAAGGACUUGAAGAAGCAGCUAAAGCUGAUCUACCCUAAGGCCGAUGAUGCGCAUCCGAAUAAACGCGCCAGAUCGGACGGUGGAGGCGGAGAGGUCAGCGACGUGACAAAGGAGGUGACCGAUUUCGUGAGGCUGUUGGAGGACGAGAUCGAGAAAUUCAAUAUUUUUUUUGUCGAGAAAGAGGAAGAGUACGUCAUUAAAUUGAAGGAGCUGCAAGAUGGAGUGGCAAAAAUGGACUCGAAUGAAGAGUUGAUGAAAAUAGGUAGAGAGAUAGUAGAUUUCCAUGGAGAGAUGAUUUUGCUGGAGAAUUACAGUGCCCUUAAUUAUACAGGCCUUGUGAAGAUACUGAAGAAGUACGACAAGCGAAGUGGUGCUCUCAUUCGCUUGCCCUUCAUCCAAAAGGUCUUGCAAGAGCCAUUCUUCACGACCGACGUGCUUUACAAGCUUGUGAAAGAGUGCGAGACAAUGCUGGAUCACCUCUUCUCUAUGAACAAAGAGCCCUCAGCCUCCUCGUCUAAAGGGACUAAAGGAAAGGAACCGAAUGACCCAGAUACUACCACAGAAAGUAAAGAAAGGCAGCUCAAAGUUCCUAAAGAACUUGCAGAGAUAGAGCAUAUGGAGAGCAUGUACGUGAAGCUCACUCUAUCAGCGCUGCGAGUUCUGAAGGAGAUUCGGAGUGGAAGCUCAACUGUUAGCACCUUUUCAUUGCCUCCUUUGCAGACGAAUUCCAUGGAGGAAACGUGGAAGAAAAGUACUGUUUUAGAACAAGCAGCCAAGUAGUCAUCCAGCUUUCUUCUCUUUUUUGUCGUUUGUUUUUUUUUUCUUUUAUUUUCCUUCUUUUUACGUCUUCACAUUUUCUUUAUAGUGGCCUUAAAUAUGUACACAGUUGUAUGCAAGAAUAUUGGCUGAAGCUCGGAUUUCCCUUUCCUUUUUUGUAGUAUUGUUCAUUUGGCUUUGUAACGCUAAGGGCGUGUAUGGUUUUUAACUUAUUCUAACCCCAACAAUUUUAGCUUCA